GUUUUGCAGUCAAAAUCAAUGACAAUUUUAGGUUAUGUUUAUGACAUUUGAGAAAGUAUCGCCCAUAUUUUUAAAUUUAAAACCAAAUAUUUACGCAAAAUGAUUUAAUUUUAUAUAUAAAUAUUAUGUUAGCCGUUCAUAGAGAUGUCGUCAAUAUUGUGCAGGCGAAGUUUCUGUCUGCAGAGGUAGUAAAAAGUAUACAUUUAAAUGUCUACACGCUCGACGAGAUUUGGUCAAACGAAAAUCGGAUAUUAGCUUUAGUGGAAUACAACAAAUCAUUCGCUUUAUUCGUUUUGAUUUCAUCAAAAAUUAAACCGACAAGUAUAUCCGAUCUUUCUAUAGAAACAGUUACACCUAUAGAUGAAUUUUUCUCUUGUGAUACGGAACCGAUAGAAGACAGUCAAAAUCAUAUUAUUUUUAUUAUCACUUAUAAGAAAAUUAGGAGAGCUUUCAAAAUUGAAAUUGGCGUAGAAAGUUCUAAUUUUGCUUCAGAAGUAAUCCGAUCAAAAGAACUUUCUUUGUACAACAAACCGAUAUUUGUAUGGUUAGAUAAAUACUUAGGUACAAUGAGCCAGUCUAGCCGCCAUAUAGAUAUCGACCAGGACGAUAUUCCUGUUACGAGACAAAAAAUAGCUCAAGGACAAACGUCUAUUAACAGAGAAUCUAUGUUCAAAUAUCAGUUGAAGUUGAAGGAACCGGAAUUUACACAAAAACAAGAAUUUACAAUUUUCGUAGGUACUUGGAAUGUGAACGGGCAACCGCCGAGUGUGUCUCUAAAAAAUUGGUUAAGUUGUGACGAAGAUCCCCCGGAUUUAUAUGCAAUCGGUUUUCAAGAAAUUGAUUUGAGUAAAGAGGCUUUUUUGUUCAACGAUACACCCAGGGAAGCCGAAUGGCAUAAAUUCGUCACCGAUGGCGUUCAUCCUAAAGCCAAAUACAAAUUGGUAGGAUUAACAAGACUAGUCGGUAUGCAAUUAAUAGUCAUGGUAAACAGUCAGCAUUACCAUUACGUAAGAAAUAUAUCAGUAGACACUGUCGGAACGGGUUUAUUAGGAAAAAUGGGUAAUAAAGGAGGCGUCGGGGUACGUUUGGAACUACAUAAUACGUCGUUGUGCUUCGUGAAUUGUCAUUUGGCGGCUCACGUCGAGGAAUACGAACGAAGAAAUCAGGAUUACAAGGAUAUAAACGCCAGGAUGAAUUUCAAGAGGAGUCCGCAAGCCAUCAAAGAUCACGAACAAAUAUAUUGGUUGGGAGAUUUAAAUUACCGUAUAACGGAUCUUACGACUUCCCAAGUCAAAACUCUAUUGACGAGAAACGAAAUGCCCGACCUGUUGAAAGUAGACCAAUUGAAUCAACAAAAAGAAAAGGGAAAUGUACUUUUGGAUUAUCAAGAAGGUGAUAUCACGUUUCCACCUACGUACAAGUACGAUUUGAACACGGAUACGUUCGAUACUAGCGAAAAGGCGAGACCACCAGCAUGGACUGACCGAAUACUAUGGAGAGGAAGAGGUAUAUACCAAGUGAAGUAUCGGAGUCAUAUGGAUUUGCGUAUAAGCGACCAUAAACCCGUUAGUGCCCUUUUCAAAUCUGAAAUAAGCGUAGUGGAUCCUUUGAAAUACAGGAAAAUACACGAAGAAUUACUCAAGAAGAUGGAUAAAUAUGAAAACGAGUAUUUACCGCAAGUGACAGUCGAGCCAACGGAAAUUGUAUACGAUUUGAUUAAGUUCCGGGAAACACAAAGCAGGGAAACUACCAUAGCGAAUACCGGAAUGGUACCAGCCGAAUUCGAAUUUAUAAAAAAAUUGGAUGAGAAUAGUUAUUGUAAAAAUUGGUUGAGAAUAAUUCCUUAUUCCGGUAGCAUUAAUCCAGGUGAAAAAUGCGACGUGAAAUUGGAGGUCAGUUUAGAAACCGAUUUACCCAAAAUAUACGACAUACUAGUGUUGCAUUUGAAAGGCGGCAAAGAUAUAUUCAUAACCGUGAGCGGCGAUUGUCAAAAAUCCAGUUUUACGGCUUCCAUUUCGUCACUGUGCAGGAUCCCAAUACCGAUCAUGCAGGUGCCUGCAGAGCAGUGGAUUUUAGCGGAAAAGGGCGAAUCGGCCGUUUUGUAUUCAGUUCCUCGGGAAUUGUGGUUCUUGAUCGAUCAUAUAUACCGACACGGAAUGAAAACCAAAGAACUGUUCGAAUCUAGCGCCCUUCACGAAGAAAUAAUUAGAAUAAGAGAUUGGUUGGAUUUCGGUUCGUUAGAUCCUUUCCCCGGUAGUGUACAAGCGGCAGCGGAAACUUUACUAUUAUUUCUGUCCUACACCAAGGACCCCGUGAUACCGCACGAAUUGCACGAUAACUGCAUCGCCGCCGCUAGUAAUUACCAAAAUUGCAAACAGAUUAUUCUACAAAAAGUACCGGAUCUUCACCGGAACGUGUUCCUCUACGUCUGCAUGUUCCUGCAGGAUUUCCUCAAAUAUCACAACGACAACGGUUACGACGCCAAAACUCUUGCCUCGCUUUUCGGUGAUAUUUUGUUGCGCGAUCAAAUACGCAAUUCGAAACCGCAAGCUUCGAGAGGAAAAUCGAAUUUCGUUUAUAAUUUUUUAGUCAACGAUUUGAGUUCCUCGAUCGCUCCUCCCAAAUGAUCCAUUUCGCCGCUUUCAUACAGAAAACAAUCACGUAAUUGAGGUUACGAAAGUAAAUGGGGUCGUUUUGAUAUAUUUUCAUAAAUUCGGUGGGAUUUUGCAAAUUUUAUAAAAAAAAGUAUUGAAAAUCUUUAGAAACCAAGAUAUUUUGGAGAAUCCGGCAACGUCGUAGCGUAGCUUUGUUAAAAAAUGGUCGAUAGGGGUUAUUUCUAAAAGUUUUUGUGGGUUUUUAAAUCAAAAUGAUGAUUAGAACUGUUGAAAUUGUCAAAAUUAUGAGGCAAUUGAGGUUAUAAAAUCUUUAUUCUGCUUUUUUUCCUAAAAAAAAGGUUUAGACUCAAAAUAUGGUAAAAGUAUUUGAAAUCUUUAGAAACCAAGAUAUUUUGGAGAAUCCGGCAACGUCGUAGCGUAGCUUUGUUAAAAAAUGGUCGAUAGGGGUUAAUUCUAAAAGUUUUUGUGGGUUUUUAAAUCAAAAUUAUGAUUGGAUCUGUUGAAAUUGUCAAAAUUAUGGAGCAAUUGAGGUUAUAAAAUCGUUAUUCUGCUUCUUUUCCUAAAAAAAAGGUUUAGACUCAAAAUAUGGUGAAAAGUAUUUGAAAUCUUUAGAAACCAAGAUAUUUUGGAGAAUCCGGCAACGUCGCAACGGAGCUUUGUUAAAAAAUGGUCGAUAGGGGUUAUUUUUAAAAGUUUGUGUGGGUUUUUAAAUCAAAAUGAUGAUUAGAACUGUUGAAAUUGUCAAAAUUAUGAGGCAAUUGAGGUUAUAAAAUCGUUAUUCUGCUUCUUUUCCUAAAAAAAAGGUUUAGACUCAAAAUAUGGUAAAAAGUAUUUGAAAUCUUUAGAAACCAAGAUAUUUUGGAGAAUUCGGCAACGUCGCAACGGAGCUUUGUUAAAAAAUGGUCGAUAGGGGUUAUUUUUAAAAGUUUGUGUGGGUUUUUAAAUCAAAAUGAUGAUUGGAUCUGUUGAAAUUGUCAAAAUUAUGAAGCAAUUAAGGUUAUAAAAUCGUUAUUCUACUUCUUUUUCUAAAAAAAAGGUUUAGACUCAAAAUAUGGUGAAAAGUAUUUGGAAUCUUUAGAAACCAAGAUAUUUUGGAGAAUCCGGCAACGUCGUAACGUGGCUUUGUUAAAAAAUGGUCGAUAGGGGUUAAUUCUAAAAGUUUUUGUGGGUUUUUAAAUCAAAAUGAUGAUUAGAACUGUUGAAAUUGUCAAAAUUAUGGAGCAAUUGAGGUUAUAAAAUCGUUAUUCUGCUUCUUUUCCUAAAAAAAAGGUUUAGACUCAAAAUAUGGUGAAAAGUAUUUGGAAUUUUUAGAAACCAAGAUAUUUUGGAGAAUCCGGCAACGUCGCAACGGAGCUUUGUUAAAAAAUGGUCGAUAGGGGUUAAUUCUAAAAGUUUUUGAGGGUUUUUAAAUCAAAAUGAUGAUUAGAACUGUUGAAAUUGUCAAAAUUAUGAAGCAAUUGAGGUUAUAAAAUCGUUAUUCUACUUCUUUUUCUAAAAAAAAAUCGUUUAGACCCAAAAUAUGGUGAAAAGUAUUUGAAAUCUUUAGAAACCAAGAUAUUUUGGAGAAUCCGGCAACGUCGCAACGGAGCUUUGUUAAAAAAUGGUCGAUAGGGGUUAUUUUUAAAAGUUUGUGUGGGUUUUUAAAUCAAAAUGAUGAUUAGAACUGUUGAAAUUGUCAAAAUUAUGAGGCAAUUGAGGUUAUAAAAUCUUUAUUCUGCUUUUUUUCCUAAAAAAAAGGUUUAGACUCAAAAUAUGGUGAAAAGUAUUUGGAAUUUUUAGAAACCAAGAUAUUUUGGAGAAUCCGGCAACGUCGCAACGGAGCUUUGUUAAAAAAUGGUCGAUAGGGGUUAUUUUUAAAAGUUUGUGUGGGUUUUUAAAUCAAAAUGAUGAUUGGAUCUGUUGAAAUUGUCAAAAUUAUGAAGCAAUUAAGGUUAUAAAAUCGUUAUUCUACUUCUUUUUCUAAAAAAAAGGUUUAGACUCAAAAUAUGGUGAAAAGUAUUUGGAAUCUUUAGAAACCAAGAUAUUUUGGAGAAUCCGGCAACGUCGUAACGUGGCUUUGUUAAAAAAUGGUCGAUAGGGGUUAUUUUUAAAAGUUUGUGUGGGUUUUUAAAUCAAAAUGAUGAUUGGAUCUGUUGAAAUUGUCAAAAUUAUGAAGCAAUUAAGGUUAUAAAAUCGUUAUUCUACUUCUUUUUCUAAAAAAAAGGUUUAGACUCAAAAUAUGGUGAAAAGUAUUUGGAAUUUUUAGAAACCAAGAUAUUUUGGAGAAUCCGGCAACGUCGCAACGGAGCUUUGUUAAAAAAUGGUCGAUAGGGGUUAAUUCUAAAAGUUUUUGAGGGUUUUUAAAUCAAAAUGAUGAUUAGAACUGUUGAAAUUGUCAAAAUUAUGAAGCAAUUGAGGUUAUAAAAUCGUUAUUCUACUUCUUUUUCUAAAAAAAAAUCGUUUAGACCCAAAAUAUGGUGAAAAGUAUUUGAAAUCUUUAGAAACCAAGAUAUUUUGGAGAAUCCGGCAACGUCGCAACGGAGCUUUGUUAAAAAAUGGUCGAUAGGGGUUAUUUUUAAAAGUUUGUGUGGGUUUUUAAAUCAAAAUGAUGAUUAGAACUGUUGAAAUUGUCAAAAUUAUGAGGCAAUUGAGGUUAUAAAAUCUUUAUUCUGCUUUUUUUCCUAAAAAAAAGGUUUAGACUCAAAAUAUGGUGAAAAGUAUUUGGAAUUUUUAGAAACCAAGAUAUUUUGGAGAAUCCGGCAACGUCGCAACGGAGCUUUGUUAAAAAAUGGUCGAUAGGGGUUAUUUUUAAAAGUUUGUGUGGGUUUUUAAAUCAAAAUGAUGAUUGGAUCUGUUGAAAUUGUCAAAAUUAUGAAGCAAUUAAGGUUAUAAAAUCGUUAUUCUACUUCUUUUCCUAAAAAAAAGGUUUAGACUCAAAAUAUGGUGAAAAGUAUUUGGAAUCUUUAGAAACCAAGAUAUUUUGGAGAAUCCGGCAACGUCGUAACGUGGCUUUGUUAAAAAAUGGUCGAUAGGGGUUAUUUUUAAAAGUUUGUGUGGGUUUUUAAAUCAAAAUGAUGAUUGGAUCUGUUGAAAUUGUCAAAAUUAUGAAGCAAUUAAGGUUAUAAAAUCGUUAUUCUACUUCUUUUUCUAAAAAAAAGGUUUAGACUCAAAAUAUGGUGAAAAGUAUUUGGAAUUUUUAGAAACCAAGAUAUUUUGGAGAAUCCGGCAACGUCGCAACGGAGCUUUGUUAAAAAAUGGUCGAUAGGGGUUAAUUCUAAAAGUUUUUGUGGGUUUUUAAAUCAAAAUGAUGAUUGGAUCUGUUGAAAUUGUCAAAAUUAUGAAGCAAUUGAGGUUAUAAAAUCGUUAUUCUACUUCUUUUUCUAAAAAAAAAAUCGUUUAGACCCAAAAUAUGGUGAAAAGUAUUUGAAAUCUUUAGAAACCAAGAUAUUUUGGAGAAUCCGGCAACGUCGCAACGGAGCUUUGUUAAAAAAUGGUCGAUAGGGGUUAUUUCUAAAAGUUUUUGUGGGUUUUUAAAUCAAAAUGAUGAUUAGAACUGUUGAAAUUGUCAAAAUUAUGAAGCAAUUGAGGUUAUAAAAUCGUUAUUCUACUUCUUUUUCUAAAAAAAAAAUCGUUUAGACCCAAAAUAUGGUGAAAAGUAUUUGAAAUCUUUAGAAACCAAGAUAUUUUGGAGAAUCCGGCAACGUCGCAACGGAGCUUUGUUAAAAAAUGGUCGAUAGGGGUUAUUUCUAAAAGUUUUUGUGGGUUUUUAAAUCAAAAUGAUGAUUAGAACUGUUGAAAUUGUCAAAAUUAUGGAGCAAUUGAGGUUAUAAAAUCGUUAUUCUGCUUCUUUUCCUAAAAAAAAGGUUUAGACUCAAAAUAUGGUGAAAAGUAUUUGGAAUCUUUAGAAACCAAGAUAUUUUGGAGAAUCCGGCAACGUCGCAACGGAGCUUUGUUAAAAAAUGGUCGAUAGGGGUUAAUUCUAAAAGUUUUUGUGGGUUUUUAAAUCAAAAUGAUGAUUGGAUCUGUUGAAAUUGUCAAAAUUAUGGAGCAAUUGAGGUUAUAAAAUCGUUAUUCUACUUCUUUUUCUAAAAAAAAAGGUUUAGACUCAAAAUAUGGUGAAAAGUAUUUGGAAUUUUUAGAAACCAUGAUAUUUUGGAGAAUCCGGCAACGUCGCAACGUAACUUUGUUGAAGAAUGGCCGGUUUACUAUUUGAUUUUGAGUUUUUUUCUUGAUUUUUCGAAAUAAUUGUCGGUAUUUGAAUCGAAAUGAUAAUAAAAGCUUAAAAAAUAAUCCAAUUUUCAAGUUUUUGAAGUAAUUAAAAGUUCAAAAUCAUUAUUUUUCUCAUUUUACAAAAAAAUCGCUUUUGGGAUGAGAUUUGUUUAAAAUUCCCAGAAACGAAAAAAUUUCGAAGAAUUUGGCAACACUGAAAUGAAGUUUUGUCAAAAAAUGGUCGAUUUAAUAUUUUAUUUAGCGUUUUUUUUUCAAAUUUGAACAUUUUUCAAAGUAUUUGUCCAUAAUUGAAUCAAAAUUUGAUCAAAUUUUGUUAAAUUGUUAUUCUCCUUUUUAAAAAAAUUCACUUUGGUGUCAAGGAAUGUUAAAAAUCCUUAGAAACCAAGAAAUUUUAAAAAAUUUGUCAACAUUGGAACAAAGUCUUGUUAACAAUCGAUUUACUGUUUUAUUUUAGGUGUUUUUUCUUGAAUCUCCAUAUUUUUCGAAGUGUUUGUCCAUAUUUGAAUCAAAAUGAUAAUUAAGAUUUGAUAAAAUUUUCUUUUCUGAAGUAAUUAAGGGUUUAUAUCGUUAUUCUUCUUCUUUUUUCAAAAAAAAUCACCUUAAUGGUAAAAAUCCAAGAAAUUUUGGAAAUUUUGUCAAAAAGUGGUCGAUUUGUCGAUAUUUGAAGUAAAAAUAAUAAUUAUAUAAUAGAAAUUGUCUAAUUGUCAAAAUAAUGAAGUCAUUGAACGUUCAAAAUCAUUAAAAUCACGAUUACUUCAAAAACUUGGCAACAUGAAACGAUAUUUAAACAAAAUUUAUCGACCUUUCAUUUUAUUUCAAUUUUUUUUUCUUAAAUUUUGAACCUUUUUACAACGAUGUUAAUUAGCUUUCAAAAUCCGUAAAUAUCGGAAAAUUUGAACACUUGGCAACAUUGAAUUAUCGUCCAACUUAAACAUAAUUAUGAUCGGAUAAAUCGUAGACAAGGACGCGUUUACGUUAAAAAAUUUAGUAGAAAGAGAAAGGUGUUCAUAUUUUUUUGGUAGAUUUUUAUCGAUUUUUUAAUUAAUUUCACGAAAUGGGGGAGAUUAGGGGGUGAAAAUGUGGCUGUAGCUUAGAACAGGCAGCAUACCUGUAGAUUUCGCUUAAUGUUCAUUAGAUUUUUUUAAUGUACUUCAUUAGUAUUAUUAUUUAUAAAAAAAAUACACUAAUAGACAUAAAAAAUAGCAAACUUACAUAAUAAGUGGAAAUGAUAAAGCCUCUCUUUAGUUGACGUAAUAUCAUUAAUUGAAAAUGUAUUUUUUAAAUUAAUUUAAAUCAAUUCAAUAUUUCUAGAGAUAUUUUUAUAAUAAAAAUUUACAAUCUAA